AUGGGUGCUCUACAAGUGUAUAAAGUGGUCCAUAGAUACCAGGCAUGGCGCCUGAUCUCUUGUAUAUGGUUACAUGCUGGAGUUUUCCAUGUACUUGCCAAUAUCUUAAGUCUUCUUUUCAUUGGUAUUCGACUUGAGCAAGAAUUUGGGUUUGUUAGAAUCGGUUUGCUUUAUGUCUUAUCCGGUUUCGGCGGGAGUUUACUGUCAGCUCUUUUUAUUCAAAGUGGUAUAUCCGUUGGUGCCUCAGGUGCACUUUUUGGUCUAUUAGGAAGUAUGCUUUCAGAGCUCAUCACAAAUUGGACUAUAUAUGCAAAUAAGUUAGCAGCAUUGAUCACUCUCAUUGUCAUCAUUGUAUUAAAUUUAGCAGUGGGAGUCCUCCCACACGUUGACAACUUUGCUCAUAUCGGAGGAUUUGUUUCUGGAUUUCUUCUUGGAUUCGUAUUUUUGAUACGUCCCCAAUUUAGAUGGAUUAGCCAAAAAUAUGCUUCCUCAGGCCAUAGAGUUACUUCGGUUACUAAACACAAGACAUAUCAAUAUGCACUGUGGAUUAUCUCUCUGGUUUUGUUGCUUCUUGGAUUUAUUCUUGGGCUGAUUAUGCUCCUUCAAGGGGUUGAUUUAAAUGAUCAUUGUUCCUGGUGUCACUAUCUAAGUUGUGUUCCUUUUUCACAUUGGAGUUGCAACUCACAGCGAGGUGUUUGUGAGAUGACUCAAACCAAAACUCAGAUGAACAUGACAUGCCAAAGCAAUGGAAGAAGCAGCAUUUUUCAGUUACCAGAUAGUAACCCUUCACAGGUUCAGGUUCAGGACUGGUGCCGUCAGCAUUGCAGUUAAACAUACGCAUAUAAACCGGACAUGACAUAAGGUUUCUUGCGCCCGUCUCAUUUUAAUUGAACCACCUGUUGUAUGUACAUGAUUCAUCCUUAAAUUUCUGCAGACAUAAUUUCUUUCCUAUGUACCUACAAAGCAGUAGUUGUCAUAUUCAUUA